AUGCCCAACAGUCGCGCGACUUACUUCACCCCCGCUGAGCAGCAGCUCCUGAUGGAGCUUUACGAAGAAGUCAAACCCCUAAUCUGUAAGAAAGGCAACACCAGCACCAUAAUCAAGGAAAGAGAGAAAGCCUGGCAAACAAUUGCGGACCGGCUUAAUGCAGUCUUAAUACAAGUAGUCCAAAAAUGUCCAAUUAAUAAAAAGUUGCCCGUAGUACGGAAGUGUAAUGUAUUCACUUGAGUAAAAAAGAGAAAUCCGUUUUUUCUGAGUUUUUUUUUUUUUUUGGUCUGUUGUUCUAGGUAAUUUUUAAUCUGUAUUUCUGAGUAAUAUGUUCUAACUAAAAUAAAAGUUUCCGUACCACUUGAACUGUCAUCAUUAUUAUUAAAGGAGUUACUUUCCACAAAUCAACAGUUGUACACUUUGCUUUAAAUGAGGCAAGUAGAAGUGCAUGUUACUCAAGAAAUGUAGAAUAUAAUUAUCUGCAAACAAUUAUCCACAAUGUGUGUCAGUGUUGUCUAAUUAAUGUUUUUCCCCAUGUCAUCUUUUUUUAAUCUGUUUUAUAUAUCUAUCCUUCAUAAAGAACAAACUUGUCUGGCCAGAGAAGGACCUGGCAGCAAGUCAAAAUCAAAUACAAGAACAUUUUACAGACAGGUAAGUGACUUUAGUCAAGACAACAAUGAACAAAUGUGGUGAAUAGUUUAAGUGUCUGCUGACAUGCUGAAUAUCUGUAUAAUUGUAGCAGUAAAAAACAAAGCCCAUAAAAAUGGCAUGGGGGGCGGCCCACCAAGCCAGGAUUUCACCCCAGCGGAGGAGCUGGCCCUCCAUGCGAAUAAAGGGAGGCCAGUGAUGGAGGGGAUCCAGGGAGGGACGGCCACAGACUAUGUCCCAGCAACACAAACUGGCUGCUUCAUACAAGGUACAUAUUGCAGUACUACUGCACAUGGAACACAAUUAAAUUAAUAUAUUAUACUACCUGACUUUGGAUUUCCUUGCAGUGUCUGGGAACACACUAGCUGCGUUUCCAUUACAUCUUUUCGCAAAAUAAAAGCAAUGUUUAUCAAAUUUCGACAAAGUACAAUUGCGAUUUGCAGGUGUUUCCGUUGAAUGGUGUUCAGUGCAUAAGCGAGCCGUCUGCCUCUCACGAGCCGUGUUUGGAUGGCCGUUGCCUAGCAACAAGGUAAACUUCCUGCCUGUGCGACCUCGUAUUCCUUAAGCCUUUUUGCACACCAACAUGGACGAGACACAAAACAUUUUGCAUUUUGGAGCAGUUAUUUCCGUGACCAUUACUGCUGUUGCCACUGCUGUCAUCAGAAGACGAAGGCAGCGGGUGAUAAUUCAAAGGCAAAGCCCAUAUGUAUGGGAGCGGACACGGAUGAGGGAUUUCUGGGAGAGGAUCGUUAAUGAGGAAUUCACUGACAAGUUGUGGAUUCAAAACUUCAGAAAAAUACAAAUACAAUUCAAAACUUCAGAAAUAACUCUGUCUCCUCCCCCCGUCCACACAUACCGCGCCAUCUUUGCUUGAAAUGAACUGGUCACAUGACCCGCUACGUCACGUCCGGUGACAGAGAAUUGCGAGAAUAGUUUUUCCAUUAUACUUUUACGAUAUGUUUCCAUUACCAGUUUUCUAUUGCGAUAUUUAGGUUUCGCGCAAAUCUAUGGGUAAUGGAAACACAGCUACUCACAUUUUGGAGCCACCAGAAGAUGAUCCGGUUAGUACAUUUGAUUGAAAUCACAGGCUUGGCAUGUCCUGUCAAAAAUCAUCAGAGAAGAUAUGCAUGUAUGUGUAUGGCAGGGGGAAGGCACUUCUGCAGCGGCGGGAUGCACUUCAGCAGAUGAGGAGACCAUCUCAGUAGACUCCAGAAGGCAUGAGGUUACUAUGUCAAUUUUUUGGAAAUAUCCUGAUUUAUUUAGUCCAUUGAGGUCAGUGAUUUGGUGCUAAUACAAAAUAACAUGUGUCACAGGACCCAGACUCUGCACAGCCUCCUAGGCAGCCUGGUAACAUUGUGAGUAUUGGCUUAAGUAAAUCUACAUUUUGCAUAAAUUGUGCUCUGCUAAUUGAUAUUUAUUUUACAGAAUUCACAAACGGUCCGAGCUCUAUAUGCUCAAUAUCUUCAGAAGCAGAUCGCACUUGCAGAUGUGAAAAUCCAAUUGAAGAGCAGAAAGCUACAAGAAACUGAGCUUGAUCUAGGGAUCAAACGCAGGACCCUCAGGAAACUGGACCUGGAGAUCCAGAAACUAGAACGAGAAGUGAGUAUUUCAGUGCAUGCUAUACCUGUAGCAUGCUUUUAUGGGCAGAGUAUUAAUAUUUGUACUUUUGCUCUCUGUAUUCCAGCUUCCAAACAACACGUGACUGUGAAAUAA